AGAGACCUAUGGAGUGAAGUGAAUCACCUUCUAGUUGGAUUUGGACAACAAGUUUGUCUUCCUGUUGGGCCAAAGUGUGGGGGUUGUCUUAACAGAUUUAUUUGCCCCUUUAGUUCAUCCUAUAACCCAUCAGAAAAGUCUAAAAUAAAAAUUAAUAGCGGAUAAGUAAGCACAUUUUUAAUUAUCUUUUGAGGCUGC